GUAGCCAUGGAUUCCCGAAGCGGUGGCGGCAUUAGCGGCAGCAAUACCAAUACCAGCACUUGCCACAAAAGCGAUCUUAAUCUGCUGGUGAAGAAUAUUGUGAAAAUUCUGCUCACCACCUCGAAGUACCUGCACUGUCCGUUCUGUGCCGACGAGUACCUGUUCGAGUUUACGCUCAAGCACCAUCUGCUGAAGAAUCACGAGCGUGACCUGGAGAAGAUCGUCCGGUCGCCCGAUGCCAGCAUACGGUUUUGCGAGAGCAACAUCUGCCCGUACUGUGGUGCACUGUUCUACUACAUUUCCGCACUGCCAAAGCAUAUCAUGAACAGCCACAGCCGCGAGUGUCUCAUGAAAUGGCAAGCGAUCGAGCAGGAGAAUAGUUUGGUGCGGAAGCUGGCCAACGAUCCGAGCAUUCAGUGCGUUCCGUGUUCACCCGGGUUGAGCGACUUUUUCGACGAGCUUAGCACGGGCAACAGUCGACCAGAUGCCGGAAGUGGUGGUAGAAACAUUAUUCAACUAGCGAAACCUUCACCGUUGCUGAAAACUGCCCUCCGGAAUGUGAACCGUAUUACCAACGGGGCCGCCGCCUGUACGCGGAUGGACACUUCCGGUGCAUCGGCCUGGUCUAGCUUUGGGUUCGACACAUCAACAACCCAGCAACCGCCACGGCGCAACCUUACCAACCAAUCCGUCCGACGGGAGCUACACUUCGGCGAUGGCUGUGGUUUGUCUGGGGAUGGUGCGGCCGGUGGUACCACUGGUUCACCGUCACUUUGCAACCUUAUUACCGGUAGCUGCUCACCCACACCGAGCAACGAAUCGGGUUCGUCCGCGCGUAAAGCAAAGUUCCAGCGGAAACGGUUCAAUCUGCGCUCGAUCAAGCCAAAGCUAAAUUUCCGGAAGUAUGUUCUUUCGAAGUUUUCUAAAAAAUAUCAUUGCAAGAUCGUUACCAGCACGCCGAACAACUUCCUGGACGAUGGGAAUGGUAGCCGCGAUUCGACCCGGUUCCUACACAAUCAGGAACGCUGGAACAGGAUACAUUUCGAAUGACGAAGGUACGGGUCGCCGUUUUCGUGCGUCAUCGAGUAUCUGUGUGGGCUGCUGUUUUGUUGUGU